UAAAAAUGGGGGGAAUUUAAUUCGAUAAUAUAGCCCACGAGGAACUAAAUACUCUUUCUAUUCUACUCCCUUCAGCGUUCUUCGGUCUCUGUAGUCUCUAGUCGUCUCUUCGUGGCAACCUGCGGCAGCGGUCUGAGCGCGUUCAUCGAUCCUAUUUUCGAUUCCAUGGCGUGCAGCUUCUCCCCUUCCUCCUCCGCCACGAGGCUCCAGGCCGUGGACGCCGCGGCGGCGGCGGCGGUGGGGGUGAAGAACGGCAGGGUCCCCCUCAACCUCAAGGCUUCCGUCGCCCCCGCCCAGAGGUCACUCGGACUCGGUUGCUGCAGGGCGACCGCGCGACAGGAAGGGGCUACACAGGAACCCAAUGUUGCAGUUUCUUCGGCCCGUGCACAGCUGGACCUCCUGGAACAACUGACGUCCCCUACACCUGAUGGCAUUGCUGGCUUAGAGAAUGGCGUGCCUACAGAAUCGCGUCAGCGUGCUACUAUCCGUCAGCAAUUGUCAGCACUAGCCAAUGGUAAGGUGGUCGACGAGUUCACCCUCCCACUGGGCAGGAAGCUGAAGGAAGGCCUGAAGAGCCUCAACAAACUCACCGUGUCACAGAGGAGGAACAUCAAGAGGCAGGCCCUGCUUACCCAGGUCAGUGGGCGGAAUGACUCGGUGUUCUUCGCGACUGUUGGGGCGUUUGUGCUCGUCCCGCCUUUCGCCAUUCUAGCUAUUGCUGUCAUAACUGGUUAUGUCCAGCUCUUUCCAUGAUAAGAAGAUGUGUGUUAUUUAACUAGUUAUUAUCUCCAGACUGGCAUAUAGGAACAUGCUUUUGCUCUGCAAUACUAGGACUGUAUAUAUAUAAUCGUAUAUACAUAGCAAUAUUUUGUAUGUGGGGUCAGUACGAAAUGCAGAAUACUGAAUACCAAUACAGAUAAGGAAUUAAGGAUAGAGUUAUAUAGAGGUGCAACUGUAUCGAUAAAAAGAUGCCAUGUGUUACAAUUUUUUAAGGUGUUA